UUUUGGAGCGUGGAUAGUGCUCUGUAGGGAUAUCGUUGGUCUAUGGGAUUUGAAGGAAUUAAAGGGUUUUAAAGAGAUACAGGGGUAUUAUAGAGGAUGUCAAGGAGUUGGGGAGAUAUUUGAAGUUAAGUGGAUAUUCUGUCGAGUUGAUGGGGUUACCAGGUAUCCUCAGAUUAGAUGGAUUUUUGCGUUAACUUCGUCAAUGAUGAGCAAAACGCAAAGCAAUGCAAAAUUUAAUGCAAAUAACGCAAUGCGAUCACCCCUGAUAUAGAUUUAAGGAUGAGACAUAUGAGAAUUAAAUAAAACUUAAUAAAUGGACACAUGGCUAAGGCAUUUGGCCAACGUCUUACUGGUUAGAGAAACUGAUACACCUGAAAUAACAAAUGAUGAAUUUUUGGCUUUUGAAGACUUUCGUGUUCGAGGGGACAGACCAAAUAAUACAUACAACUUAUACUACCUCUUCUAUUCUGAUUAUGUCCGGAAUAAUAAUAAUCUGAUAGGAAGACUUGAAGAAUAUUACAUAAAUCCACAAUUGCUUACCCUAAUAGCUGAACAAUUAAAUAAUGAGACUUUGGGUUAUCACCGUCAAUUACGGGAAAUACAUGGAGUCCCACCACAAACUCGAGAGCUUCACAUCCCCCGCACUCAACCUGAACCAGCCGUUGAUGAAACCGAUGAUGAACAAACGGAAGCAGCCGAAAUCCUUUUUGAAAUUAGCCAACAAGCCGCUGGAAGACGUCGCACUCGUAACAAUGGAGGAGACGGCAACGGAGGUGGAGAGAAUAGCAGUCGCGGUGGUGGACGUCGCCGUCACACUGGAGGCAGAAAUGGUAAUAGAGGAGGAAAUGGAGAUUCGGGAAAUUGAGGAGGAUCGAAGAUUGAAGAGAAAAGAAUUGAAGAGAAAAGAAGUU